AUGGCCGCGAACGACUAUUACAACGACCCCCCUCUCCGAAUUAAUCAACCUCUCCCACCCGACCCGCAUCUUAACAACCCACUCCCACCAACGCCGCUCAGCACGAGUCCCCACCCUCGUCCUACCGGUGCAACGCCCAUCUCGCCCGUAGCCUCGCCCUUCGACGAUCACACAUACCCAGACUACCCAACCACCUCGAGACCAACGCCCUCAAAUUACGGAGAUACUGGCUACCAUGGUGCAGGAGGGGGAUAUCAACAAAACCCGUACCACGACAGCUCAGACCCCUUCACAGACCAGAAUGCUAUCCCGCUACACUCGCAGCAAUCGCUGCAGGGGAAGAUGGACGCCAGUCCUACACGAUACAACGCAGAUCCAGAAUCACGCUUUCCUCGGGAAAAGAAGAAGAAGGGCUGGUUUAGCGGGAAGAUAACAUGGGUGGUGUACAUCCUCACCACGGUGCAAAUAGGCGUGUUCAUUGGCGAAUUGAUAAAGAAUGCCGUCCUCACCAAAUCCCCCAUCGAAAUCCACCCCCAAUUCAACAUCAUGAUCGGCCCCUCGCCAUACGUCCUCAUCAACAUGGGCGCCCGCUUCACCCCCUGCAUGCACAACGUGCACAAUGUGACCGACUUCCAGCUCGAGCUGCCCUGGCAAUGCCCCAACUCCACCACCAACAACGCCGAGUGCACCCUAUCCCAGCUCUGCGGCUUCGGCGGCGUCCCCUACCAGAAGCCCGGCACGCCCCUCUCCGACCGCUCGCACGAGCCAGACCAAUGGUUCCGCUUCAUCGUGCCCAUGUUCCUGCACGCCGGCAUCAUCCACAUCGGCUUCAAUAUGCUGCUCCAGCUGACCCUCGGCCGCGACAUGGAGCGAGAGAUCGGCUCCCUGCGCUUCGCCGUCGUCUACUUCAGCAGCGGCAUCUUCGGCUUCGUCCUCGGCGGCAACUACGCCGCGCCCAGCAUCUCCUCCACCGGCGCAUCGGGCUCCCUGUUCGGCAUCAUCGCGCUCGUGCUGCUAGAUCUGUUCUACAAUUGGUCUACGCGGCGCAGCCCCGUCAAAGACCUCCUCUUCAUCCUCCUUGACAUCGCCAUCUCCUUCGUCCUCGGCCUCCUCCCGGGCCUCGACAACUUCUCCCACAUCGGCGGCUUCCUCUGCGGCCUCGUGCUGGGCAUCUGCCUGCUGCGCUCGCCGCCGGCGCUGCGCGAGCGCGUGGGUGCAGAUGAGCCGCCCUACGCGGCCGUCGACACGAUGCCCCUCGUCGACGGCGAGGGUGGCGGCAUCAAAAAGUUCGCGAAGCAGCCGCUCGGUUUCUUCAAGGGGCGCAAGCCGUUCUGGUGGGCGUGGUGGUUGUUCCGCGCUGGGUGUCUGACCGGCGUGAUCGUGGGCUUUAUCCUCCUCUUGAAGAACUUCUACGUCUGGCGGAACGAGUGCUCGUGGUGUAAACAUCUUUCGUGCUUGCCUGUAAGCAACUGGUGCGACAUUGGCGCCAUCCGCCCCGAAAUCGUCACCACAAACACCACCAGCAGGCGCGAUCUUUUCGGCCUCGAUGGCCUCGCGUCCCUGCCUCUCGGUGCCUUUUAG